AUGUCCAUCUGCAUUCUUGCCGAUGCUGCCGACAUCGAUCGCGCUAAGCAAAUUGAACUCGAAUACAUGUCUGUCGAUGACUUGAAAAAGCUCAACAAGAACAAGAAGCUUGUCAAGAAACUCGCUAAGAAGUACGAUGCUUUCCUUGCUUCUGAAGCCCUCAUCCGUCAGAUCCCCGUCUGCUCGGCCCCGGUCUCUCCAAGGUUACACACAGCUGGCAAGUUCCCUACCCCCAUUUCCCACUCUGAGGACCUCAGCGACAAGCUCACUGAGGUUCGCAGCACCAUCAAGUUCCAGCUCAAGAAGGUUCUGUGCCUUGGUGUCGCUGUCGGCCACGUGCAAAUGACUGAGGAUCAGGUCCUUGGAAACGUCAUGCUUAGUAUUAACUUCCUUGUCUCCCUCUUGAAGAAGAACUGGCAAAACGUCAAGUCUCUCCAUGUCAAGACUACGAUGGGCAAGCCCGUCCGUCUGUUCUAA